AAAUUUGUACAAAAUUUUGUACAACAACAACGUUUAUAUAAAAUGUGAACUAUGAAUGCAUUAAUGGAAAUCCUGAUAUUCCUGACGUUUGGAAUUCAUCUGGGGGAAGCAGUCACACACUCUCUGCGGUACGUCUACACUGCAGUUACACCAGGAAUACAUUUACCAGAAUUCAUUGUCGUGGGUCAAGUGGAUGAAGAGGAUUUUGAGUACUAUGACAGUGACAUCAGCAGGACGAUCCCAAAGACAGAGUGGAUACAGAAGGUCACUGAUGAUAAUCCAAACUUCUGGAAGCGACACACAGUGAUUUAUCAGCAUUGGCAGGAGAGCUUCAAAACUGGUCUGGAUAUAAUGUUAAAGAACUUUAUUCCAACAACAGGAGUUCACACGGCACAGCUGAUGUACGGCUGUGAGCUUGAUGAUGACGGCACUACUAGAGGACACAUGCAGUUAGGAUAUGAUGGAGAAGAUUUCCUCAGUCUGGAUCUAAAGAAUAAAACUUGGAUUCCAGCCAAACCUGAAGCUGUGAUCAGCAAACAGAUUUGGGAUCAUAUUUAUGGUUUGAGUACUGAGGGCCGGAAGAACUAUGUGAGCACCACCUGUAUCGGCAGGAUAAAGAAGUACAUGUUAUAUGGAAGAGAGACACUGGAGAGGAAAGUUCGUCCUGAGGUGUCAGUGUUCCAGAAAUAUUCCUCUCCUUCUCCAGAGGUGGUGUGUCACACUACAGGUUUCUUCCCCAAAGCAGUGAUGAUCACCUGGCAGAAGGACGGAGAGGACGUUCAUGAGGACGUGGAGCUCAGAGAGACGUUACACAACCAGGAUGGAAGCUUCCAGAAGAGAAGCAUUCUGAAAGUCCCAGCUGAGGAGCUGCAGAAACACACCUACACCUGCGUGGUUCAGCACAGCAGCUUGGAGAAGGAGUUAGUGCGAGAAAUACCAAAAGGUGGAGGAUCAGGUGGAGCACCGAUUGUUAUCAUCACUGCUGUAGUUGCGGCUCUCUUUGCUAACGUCGCCGUUGUUGCUGGAAUUGUGAUCUGGAAGAAGAAGAACUCUGGCUUCAAACCUGUUCCACCCAAACCCUUCACAUCAGGAAUAAAGUUGCCAGAAUUCACAGCUGUUGGUGUGGUUGAUGAGCAUAGUCUGAAGAAGACGACCAUAAUGUCUGGAAGAGGAGUAUUGAGUGGUUGAAGAAGGUUUUGUAUUAUAGCAAAGGAACUCUGAAGAGGAAAGUUGUUCCUGAGGUGUUAGUGUUCCAUAAACACUCUCCUUCUCCAGAGGUGGUGUGUCACGCUACAGGUUUCUUCCACAAAGCAGUGAUGAUCAGCUGGCAGAAGGACGGAGAGGACGUGCAUGAGGACGUGGAGCUCAAAGAGACGUUACCCAACCAGGAUGGAAGCUUCCAGAAGAGAAUCAUUCUGAAAGUCCCAGCUGAGGAGCUAUGGAUACACCUGUACACCUAUGAGAACCUGGGUUCUUCAGAUGUAAGAGGUGUUGAAGAGAUAAAGUGACUAAAGUGUAAAAGAACAGGAGUGAACACAGCAGAAGCAGGAGUUCAUGCUGGAGGAUCAGUUUUUAUUUCCUCCACAAGUGGAAACACAAAUCAACUAAACCACAUGCCAGUUUAAAGCUGAAACAAUCCAAUAAACAUCUUGUCACAUCUGUACAACACAAAUCUAUAUAUCCAACUUCAUUCCACACAAAAAUUCCAUAAAAUCUAUAUUUCUACUUUGUUCAGCUGUUUUUCUUGUCCUUUUAUUUUUGUUUCAUAUAUUUGCUUAAAUUGUGUA